UAUAUAUUAUCAGCAGCACGAAUGAACGAAAAUGAACAUUAUCUCUUCCAUUGUUCCAUUGCCACACCAUGUCAGACCAUCUCCCAACCGAUGUUAUCACCGACAUCCUCUCACGGCUGCCGGUGAAAUCGCUCAUGAGAUUCAGGUGCGUUUCAAAGGCAUGCUACUCUCUAAUCUCCAGCCCAUACUUCAUCUCCGCCCACCUCAAUCGCUCUCUUUCCAACUCCCAACACCCACCCUCCCUUUUCGUCAGCCGUUUCGACAACAAUUAUUCCGACGUUAAACACACCCUUCUGUUGUAUCUCGAUCAAGAAGUAGAGCAGAAAGGGGAUUUCUUUGCGUCCCCAUCACACUCCAUACAAUUGCGUGGUUUACAACAGAGCAUGAAAUUGGAUUUAUUGCACUUAGUGGGUUCAUCUAAUGGCCUACUUUGUCUUGCCACUACGGUUUUCAAUAACGUGAGAGGGUUAUGUGUUCUAUGGAACCCAUCUAUUCAAAAAGCCAUAUCCCUUCCAGAGCCUAAUCUUGGUUUGUCACACCAUUCUGUUGGGUUUGGGUAUGAGCCCACGACGGAUGAUUACAAAUUGGUGAGGCUUGUGUAUCCGUCUAAUUCAGAAGGCAUUGAUGAUGUUUUUUUCAACAUUAUUCCACCUUUGGUUGAGAUUUAUACGCUUAGAACCGGCGUAUGGCGUUCUAUUGCGGGCCCCGGUCCUCCCUACCUCAUAAAGUGGUGGUACUCAUCGGUUUUCGUGAAUGGGGCAGUCCACUGGCCCGCAAACACUCCACGGUGCCAGGGCAGCUUUCGCAAUGUGAUCGUGUCGUUUAAUAUGAAAGAUGAGACCUUUGGUGAAGUGGUUAUGCCUGAGAGCUUACAAAGGCUGGAAGACUUGAACGUUAAUGUGGCACUUGUUGAUGGGUUGCUUGCGCUUGUCCCUCUUAACAAAUUUGGCAACGAGGCGUCUCAGGCCGUGUGGGUGAUGAAAGAGUAUGGAGUGGCGGAAUCUUGGACUAAGCCGUUUGAUGUUCGCAUCGGGGGAUUUCAGAGGGUUAUAGGCUUUACAAAGAGGGGUGAAGUUCUAGUGCACAAGGAUGGAAGGUUGUUUUCUUUCGGACCCAGUAGCCGAGGAUAUUUGGAUCUACCCAUUGGUGGCCCACAGGAGAUUUAUGUGGAUACUUAUGUAGAGAGCCUUGUUCUACUGAAUAUAGCAGGAACUGGCCGAAUUCCGGGGCGACAGAGGAAUUCGUUUUUUUCUACUGAAUAUAACAGACGGAGUCCCGGGUGGUAGUUAGCGCGCAAAGAAAAGCAGUUUGGGCGGAUGCAGACCACAUGAUUUGAAAGGUAGCAACGUAUUCAGGCAGAGAAGCAGUCUGCAGAGGAGUUGGAUAGAAAGAAAAUGGCCAUGUGCCUUGAAACAGGGCUGAAGCAGAGGUUUUGAAACAGAAUAAUUACUUGUUAGCUACCAUUCUUAUGAAGAAAUGAUUAUCAUUCUUCUAUCGAAUCUCUAAAAUCUGUCACAACUCGUGUGCAACUUUACAUAUGAAAUUAAUACAGGUGGGUAUAUAUUCGUGUAGAUGGGCAUUUGCUUCCUUAAAAGGAAAAUAUCCCUUGAAGCAUACCAUCAUAUCAAAGGUGUACAUGCAAGCAGAUAUUAAUCAUCCAUAUUCACUAUUUGUAAUUAUACGCUAUCCGCUAUCUAUUAUCAGCAUAUGCGGAUGCGGUUAGCAAGUACUUGGAGUAUAUAAAGUAUCUCUUUUAAUCAAGGUGAAAUAUUUUAUUGUA